CCGACUCGACCCGCUGCAGUAGUUAGUGCUGCACACGAUUGUCCGCCGGUAGUACGUUGCUUGCCAGUAGCCAGUCCCGUUGUACCGUUGCGGAAUCCAGAGAACCUAGGUGUCGGCCACGGUGGGGUAUCACCUCAUUAUUCAAUAAUAAGUAAAUAAUCGCUGUCGUUUGGGCAUCAGUUGAGCAGUUCCGUCGUUGCACUUUCCGUGUGCAGUUGUACGUUUACGCGUAUCGCAUUCGUCCGGCGUUCAUCUCCCGUCUGAAAAUACUAAUUUACCGUUGUUUACACGAAACUUUAAACGCGCACCUAUUCUAUAUACGCGGCGAUAACCGGUACGUAUAAUAAUAAUAUAAUUAUAUUAUUAAAUAUUAAAUGACGAACGCGACAUUCAUUCGCUUUGCGCGCUCGCACUACAAUAAUAGUAAUAUUUUAUUUCACCGUUUUCGUUAUACGAGUAUUUAAAUAUGGGAGCAUUAUUUUAUUUAAUUAUUAUUAUUAUAAUAAUAUUUUUCAUAUUAUGACAAUAUAGCAGACGGAGCACUUUCGUCGCCGCACUUCCGGCCGAAAAUCGAUUACGGUAACGAAAAUACCCGCGCACGAGGACAAUAUAUCAUAUUAUUUAAUUUUAGAAUUCGAAUUACUCUUGUGACCGGUCCUUCUACGCGCGCGUAUAUGCAUACGUACUGUGUAUUAUACAUUAGCUACCCUCCGAAUUUCUAUACGGAAAGGGCUCGUUUGCACCGCGGUCCGAUCCGCUCCCUGGACGCCGACAGGGGGCGACUUGUCAGCUGUCUCCUCCCCCCUCCGACCAACCCCGAAAGUUGCCGGGCCGCCGAUGCUUAAUUCAUAUUGCUCGGUGCUCCAUUCGUGUGUAUACCGUACACGGGUUUUUUACGGGUCCGGGAUGCCCCGCGUCAUGCCCUUGUAGCACCUUGCGUCACAUUAUUUUUCUCUGCCGUUUACGAUGGUGACACUCGAAUAAAAUGUCAAAUGUUCCUCGCCCUGCAAUGUGUGUGAUAUUAUAAUAAUAUAAUAUAGAUAUUAUUAUAGUAUGGACAUUAAUAACUCCGUGGUUUAUGAUUUUGUUUUAUCACCAUGAACUUUGUUCGUUCGACCUUUUUUUUUAUGUUUAUAUAAUUGUUAUUAUAUUUUGACAUUUUGUACUAAACCGGCAUUUUCAAUGUAUUACCCUAGCAUAACCAAACGUAUUAUUAUAUUAUAUUUAUAAACGUGAAGGACCAUUCAUCCCCCCCUCCCGGAAUGCGCCUAUAAUUACAAUAGGUAAUUUAUUUACAACUUUUAUAGAAUUAACUAUUUGUGAAUUAUUACUAUCGAAAUGAGAUUUAAUACACCGCAAAAUAACCUUUGACAUUUUGAACAUACCUAUCUAUAUUUUGUUCUAUUUUUGUAUAUUACGUGUUCCACGUACACUGUUUACUAAGCUUCCGGUUUUUCUACAAGUAUGUAUAACAAGCAAAUGAUUUGGACUUGGAGUGAAAAUUUUUUUUGGGGUUGACAAAUUUACCACUUCUAAAAGAAAUGAAUUAACUUUAUUUUCAAUACGAACUUCACCAACAGUGCUUUCGGAGUUUUUUUCGAUAUCUUUUAUCGAUGAAUUUUUACAGAGACUUUAUUUGAAACGUACUUAAUCAUUUUUCAUGUUAGAAAAAAUCUUCAAAAGUUCAUAAAAAAUAUUGUAUCUACUUAGACAUAUAUACGGUUAGUUUAGGUAAGAUUUAACCGAUAAGUAUAACUUUAAAUUAUAAAUUACCAAUAAAUUGUUAGAUUAGCCAUAAAUUUGAAUCAUUUUAAAAAAUGUCCAAAUUAAAUUUGAUUUUUUUAAAAAAAAAAUUGUUUAGUGAUAAAUGACAAUUUAAAAAAAAAAACAAAACGAACAAUGGGCACGAUGGGUGGGCCAUUGUCUGUUGUAGGGGAGAAGUUAAAAAGUUUGAGGGGAAAUUUAAUGUUUAUCUGUACGAAACGAUUGAUCAUUGUUAACAAAAAGCGACUCUGAUCAGAGUUCGGUUAUACAUAUACAUGUAUUUAAAUUCCAUAAUAUUUAUGAUUUGAAAGUAAUUUAUUUCUUAUAUUUUUCCUAAUAAUUAUGAAAACAACAUAGAAAAUCAAAAAAUGACCUCCCUAAAGUAAGUACUACCUCACAAAAAAUGUCUGGUUGAAUAGAAAAAUAAAAUAAAUAAACAUCAUUGUAAACCAAUACAUUCAUUGCUCUGCUCAGAAUCUAAAGUUUGUGUAGUUAUGUUCAAAUGUUCCACACUGUAUGUCUAUAAUUUGUAUAUAUUUUAAAAUAAUAAUAUCGUCUAUAGUAACCUACCUAAUAUCAUUUCUUUAUUAUUAUUUUUUAUUUUUGAGACGGAUGGGGCUUAAAAAUAAUAAUACUAAUGAAGGGAUGUCAAAUUUAUUUCUAUUUGUAAGCAGCAAAUUACUUAAUCUGCCACUACUGUAUUAUACCUACCUAUAGGUUAUAAGUAGAUGUUAGAUGCUUAUAUUAGAUAUUGUAUGGUAAGAAAUAAUUUUCUAAAGGAUUUAAAACAUUCAAUUUUAUUUAUAAUAUAUAGGUAUAAUGUGGGUAAGUAUACAUUUAAUAAUACAUAUAUAUUGCAUACCUAUAUGUGUAUUAUUUUAAGACAUCCAUUUUGCCGAGUAUUGAGAGCAAAAAUAAAUUGUUUUUAAGAGUUAUCACUUUAGAUUUUAUAAGUAAAACUAAACUUGAUUCUUUGAGAGUAUCUAGGUAAACAUAUUAAUAACACAAUUAAAACAUCAAUAGAUAAUAUAAAAAAAGGUUUCUUUAAUAGACUUUAUGGUGAUAGCCCCCUUGAAUCAAUGUAUUAGGAUUCAUAUUUUUGUUUAAUUUAACAUAUUUGCAUGUUAUGUAGAUAAAUAUUUAUUUUAUUUAUUUAUUGUUUAAAAGAUAAAGAAUUUACAUUAUAAAAUAUAUAAUUAUUUUAAAUUUCUAUCUGUUUAUAUUAUUAGUUCAAUAAAGAUUUAUAUUUUAUAAUGGUUAUCUGUGGGCUGUUGGUACACUAUAAUGAUGUGCUUGUUAUACAUACAAAUAAAAAAAAGAAUAACACUACAUAGAUACCUCAUAUAUUGAAUGAAUUAUAUAGGCUGCAUGAAGGCUUCAUUAGGUGACAGAAAGUAAUGGAAAUGAUGUGCUUAUUAAAAGUGAUACGGUUUGAUAGUAUUGUUUAGUACAAGGUUAAAAAAAAUUAUUUAUUUGAUUUUUAGUUACAUGUAAAUACUGAAAAUGAAAAAAAAUUUGGACACAAUUAUUUAUUUUAUAAAAUAUGCAUAUAGGUAUCUAAGUGGUUAUAUAAUAAACUUUUAAAUUUUGAGAUUUUGAAUUAUACUAGUUAUGUAAUACAAUUUUUUUUAUUUUUAUUAACUGUAGAAUUAUGGCUGCAAACACGCUGAAAAAUAAAUGAGACAUAUUAAAAACAUUACAAAAAUUGUACAAUGUUAUUAGUAAUAUAAUAUAUAAUACAAACAACAUACAUUUUUUCUUAAUAAUUUAAUUAAAUAACAUGUGUUUAUAUACAUAAAUUCUGACCUCCAACUAGAUAAAUGUUUUUAAAUGAUGUUACAUUUUAAUACCUUCAGAAUUACCUAAAAAUUACUAAUAAACUAUACAACCUAAGUUAAGGUAAGCAUAAUAUGAGUGUUGAGUGUUGUGUGGUAUAUACCACACAAUAACUGAUAGGUACUUAUUUUUUUUUACAACAAAAAUAUAUUCAUACAUUUUAAAUAUGGGGUAUUAAUAAUAAUAGAUAUUAUGGUUUACAAAUAUAUUUAUAUGUCAAAAUGUAAAAAAAAAAGUAUUUACUUAUACUAUUUAAAUUGGAUAGUAAUUUUUAAUCAUUUGUAUGCAAUAAUCAAGUGUCACAAUUUAUAUAUUUGGCCUAGGUAUGAGGUUUAUAAAUUUAUAUAUUUUUAAAAUUUGAAGUACCUCUUUAAGAUACUUGUAAGAUUUUUAUUUAUAUUUGUGUGAUACAUUAAAAUUUUAAUGGAUUAUUUCAUUAUACAAACCAUUAAAUAAUAAUAAUUUUAUUUUAGAGUUGUUUUUAAUCAUGAAUGGGUUCAAUAAUCAUGAAAUUAAUGAUGGAGGUCAUAAACAAUCAGUUUUACCAUGUAGUUGCUGGACAAUUGGUUUGGUCAAUGUUGAAUCUAAACGUUAUUUAACAGCUGAAACAUUUGGUUUCAAGAUUAAUGCUAAUGGUGCAUCAUUAAAAAAAAAACAAUUAUGGACUUUGGAACCCAGCACUAAUAGUUCAUUGUCAACUGAUGGCCAUACUACAACUAUUCGAUUGCGUUCUCAUUUGGAUAAAUACUUAGCUGUUGAUACGUUUGGAAAUGUGACAUGUGAUGGUGAUGAUCCUACUGAUCCCGGAACUGUAUUCCAAGUUUCUGUAACUGAUGGAAACUCUGGGAGCUGGGCUUUGAAAAAUGUUGUACGCGGUUAUUACUUAGGCGCAUCUUCAGAUAAUUUGAAGUGUACUGCAAAAGCAGCAGGAUCUAGUGAACUAUGGUUAGUUCAUUUAGCUGCUAGGCCUCAAGUAAGUUGAUAACUAUUAUUUAAAGUAUAUCCUUAAAGUUUUAUAUUAUUUUAAUGUUAUAAAAAUUGGUUGAUAAUGUGAUUUAAGGUGAAUUUGAGAUCAGUUGGUCGAAAACGCUUUGCUCAUUUAUCGGAAAAUUUGGAUGAAAUUCAUGUUGAUGCAAAUAUACCUUGGGGUGAAGAUACACUUUUUACUCUAGAACUACGACCUGAUGAUGACUUCAAAUAUGCCAUACAUACAUGCAAUAAUAAAUACUUAUCCAGAGAUGGAAAAUUAGUCGACACAUGUACAUCCAAUUGUUUAUUCUCACUUGAGUAUCAUUCGGCUGGCUCUUUAGCUCUGAGAGACAAAGCUGGUGGUUAUUUAUCACCAAUUGGUUCUAAAGCACUUCUUAAAACACGAUCACAGACAGUCACCAAAGAUGAGUUGUUCACCCUUGAAGAUUCUUUACCACAAGCUAGUUUUAUUGCGGCUCUUAAUUCAAAAUAUGUAUCAGUUAAACAAGGUUAGUACUUUCUUAUUAUAAUUAUAAAUAUGUAUCUAUUAUUUAGAAAAAAUUUAAUUAACAUUUUUAUAAUCAAAUAAUGCUAACAAUUUACAAUUUGCAAAAAAUAAAUAUUAUAUGACAUUUUAAAUUAAUAAGAGUUACAUAAUACAUUUUAUAUUAAAAUUAUAGAUAGUAAUAUGUUAAAUGAUAUUCUAAACAUUCAAACUGAUGUACAAAUAAAUUAUUUCUUUGGCAAAAAUAUUGAACAACCAUAGAAAAAUAAUUUGUUUAUGUCUCAUUAAACAAUGUUUCUUACUCUAUCUAAAAUACACAUUUAGUUACAAUGUGUAUAUUAUUUUAUAUUUUUUUAUUUCUUUCACAUUCUUUUUAUUACUUUUUGUUGAUGACUUUUUACUAAAACUUAUCAUAGUAAAACUGUAUUAAAUAAUAAAAUAUUCUCAUAGCUAUGUAAUAAUUAUUUUAAAACAUUAAAUAUUUUUUUUUACAUUGAAUAUUAGACAUUUAACUAUAAUUUUAACUGUAUACAAUGUACAGUUUUUUGUUAAGUACCUUUGAACUGAGUAAUAUCUAUAUACAUUUUAAUCAUAUUGUCCUUAAGAUUUGUAAUGAAAAGUUUAAAGCUUAGUGCACACUAGUUAACCAAGAAAACAAUUUACAAGGUAAACUUCCUUAUUUAAUUUCAAUAUUCAAUGUGUACUAAGUGUAGACAAGAAUAUUAAUGUGUUUCUAAAAGUUUAAGUUAGAUAUAUUUAGUAUUUACCUAACUAUAAAUAAUUAUAAAAACUGUCUUAUUUUAUCUUAGCUUUGAAAAUCAUUCAUAUUCAUAAAAUGCAGUUAAUAGUAAUAUAGUUAUACUCCAUAAUUAACAUUAUGUAUUAUCCUAUUAUACGAGUAAUUAAUUAGUAAUUAGUAAUUCUAACAUCUUUUUGUUUUAAUAUAUUAUUAUUCUGAGAGAAUCAUUUCAGUCUACUUAGAUAAUGAUCAACAAAAUGGUAUAAAUAAUUUUGACAUUAUUUAACUAAUUUUAAAGUACCUAAUUAUUAUAAUGUGUUUUUUUUUGCAAAACUUCUUACUCAAUAUAAAUAUGAGAAUAUUUAGUGAACAAUACACUAACUCACAACAUUAAAAACUAGUUUAUUUUUCUGUGUAACAGUUCCUUUGAGUACCUACAGUCAAAUGACCCAGAGAUUUUUAUACAAUAUUUAAUAUUUAUUCAAUAUAAUACUACAUUUGAUCAAUUUGAUAAUGUUAUGAUAGAAUAAUAUUAGUAAUGUAAUAGAAUUUAGAGGUAUACUAUUAUAUAAAUUAUGUUUCAUAAUUAAAUAAUUUAACUUCAAAUAAUAAGAUUACUAUUAACAUUUAUUUAUCUAUUUAUUAAAAUUUAAACAUGUUUAUAAUAAAUAUAUUGAGCUUAUAUUUAUUUCUAUCAGGUUUAUAUAGGUAGCUACAUACUUUACAAUUAAUUAUACAAUUUGUUAUACCCUAUAAAAAAAAACCUUCAAUGUGUAUACAUUUGAAAAUUAUCUAGAACAAAUUUAAUAUGCUUAUUGUAUAUUAUACUAUUAUAGUUCAUAAUAUGAAUCAACUAUUAUAAUAUUCGUGUAUUUGUAUGUAGGUAUCCUAUAAUUUCUAUUUUAACUGCCUUAAUAUAAUACCAACUUAACUAUUAUUACUUAUUUCAUAAUUUCUUUAAACAGCAUUGUUACAACUGUUUUAUUAAUAAUAAUAUUGUGGUAUCUCGAAGUAAGUAUUUACAUUGGUAAUGUAGUAUUAAGUAUUUAGGUACAUGGAUAGAAUAAUAAUGCAUUAAUGCAGUGAAUCAAUAAUGCUUCAUAGAUAUAUGUAAAUUAUAAAUAUAUAUAUAUAUAUUUUUUUAUAAAAUCAUCAAACAAAUAAAUGUCUGUUCAACUAAAUAUCUAAUUCAUUUAAGUCUCACAUAAAUAUGUAAAAUUAAUAGAUAAAAGCCUGAAACCAUAUUAUAUACGUACUUAGGUAUAUAAUAGGUUCUCUUAAGUUGUGGUCCUUACUAAUAUGUAUACCUAUUAUAUUAUAUCAUUAUAUUCUUUAUAACUUUUCUCUUGCAUUUUUUGUUCAUUAAUGUCGACUACUCGUCUUGUUAAACAUAAUAGCUUGAGGAUUAAAGCAAUUAUAAUACAGGUGAAUAAACCUCGUUUUUAUUCUUUAUAAUUGUUGUUUUAAUUUGACAUGGUCUGAAAGACACGCAUUUUCGUAGCUCUCCAAAAUACAUUUUUUUUGUGUCUUCAAUUUCCUAUUUACCGUGCAUAUCUUCGUAUAUUUUAUUCACCUAGAUAUAUAAUAUAUUUAACAAAUUAUUGUUUAGUGCCAAUGAUAAUUUUUGUUUGUACUUACAUAAAUACAUUUGAUGUUUUUUUAAAAAAAACCUAUGUAUAUUAUAGUAAAAGUAAAUAAUAAUGUAUAAUGUUUUUAAAACAUAUAUAUAUUGUUCCUGUUCAAAAGGAUUGUAUUUUGUUAAAUUUUAUAUUGUGUGUCAUUAUAAUGAAUAAUAUGAUAAUUCAACAAUUUCAUUAGUCAUCACUCAUCAUCCACAAAUUCGUCAUAAAUAAUAAUUAUUAAGAAUAUAACUGAUAUAUUUAAUAAAUAAUAUGAUAUUUAUCAAAUUAAACUCUUAUAUUUUAAUAUUUUUAUUGAAAUUAUUUAUAUUUUGUAAUAUUCUUCUGAACACAAAUCAUAAUAACUAUUCCUAUUAUAUCAAUUAAUAUUUUUUUGUGUUUAUGCAGUGUUUAAACAAUAUUUAAUUCUAAGAUAUUUUCAUUUUUCAAUCUUUAGUGCUAUAAAAGCAUAUUUUAUUUUAUUUGCAUUUUUAAAUUUAAAAAAAAUGUAUGUAUACCUACAUAGAGUUGUUAGAACUGUUAAAAACUGCAUAGAUUAUCCAAGGAAUUUUUUUUACUUUUGUGAAGAACCCUAAUGGCUUAAUAAGUACAAACAUCUAUUAAUAGUCUUAAUCAAUUCUUGGAUUUAUACUUUUUUUACAUCUUAAUAUAAACAAUAUAUGCAGUGUAUAUACAAUUCUGCUGUACAUAGUAUUUAUGUUGUUUUAUAAUUAUAGAAUAAAGUGAGAACAUUGUUAUGCUCGCUACUAUCAGAUUCAAUGGUUGUAUCUUAUAUUAUUAUACUUUAAAGUAAAUACCCAUCAUCCAUUAUUAAAAAAAAAAAAAAAAAAACAAUUUCAUACUCGUAUUAGGCAUCUAUAUUAUGUAAGAUUUCAAUAAUGCAAUUAAUUUGAUAUUUGUGUAUACCUGUAUCACAGUGUUAAAUCUUAUAUAAACUUAUACAAAGGAGAGAGACUCUUAAUAUAAUCAAUAUUUAGUCAAUUGUAUUUUAAUAAUUGGAUUUAGGUAACCUAAUCUGUAUAUAUUCCUAUCUAGCUACCUUUUAUAAAAUAAUUAAUUCUUAUUGAGAUUGGUUGAUAUUUGUAAUAGUAUUCUUCUUUAAAUAUAGUCAUGCAGGUGAUUCUUUAUUAUAAAAAUACAUUUGAACUUAAUUUUUUCAAACUACAAUCAACUUUUAUUUCUAUACUUAAUAUUAUAUUAAUUAUUUAAAAUUUACUUGAUUGCAAAUUAUUGUGUUUAGGUUUAAGUACUUCUAUGUAUAUGUAUAGUUAGUUUAAUAAAUUAAUAAAACAGUGAUUAUAAACAAAAAUUACAUUAAUAAUAUUAUUAUAAGUACGUAAUAAAAUACUUACCACCAAUUUUAUACCUUUUUUUUUAUUAAUUAGGUAAAUAAUAACUAAUAAUGUAUGCAUUUGUUAACUAAUACGUUUAAGUACCAUAAAGUAUAGCCAUUAAUCAAAAUGUUUGAUUUCUAAAUAGAAACUUUAAUAAUGUAUUUGUGCUAUUUUUCUACUUAUCUUCUUCCUUAACUAUCAACACAACUUCUUUCUGUCUCUAUAUCAAAUAUAUGUAACAUAUUAUUUUCAAUCAAUAUUUCCUAUUUUCUCCAGUUUUUUUUAUUUUUAUACAACAAACACUUCUUAGGUCUCCCCCUUGAUCUUUUUACCUAUUGGUUUCUAUUAUAUAGCUGCCCUAAUGCCAAAUGUGAUUAUCCUUCUUUCAAUAUUGGUGCUAUGUAAGUAAUAGUAAUUUCAUAAAUAAACAACAUAAAUAUGUUAAAAAUUGAAAAUAUAUAUUAAACAUUUAUUUAUAUUACAAUAUAAAUUAAUAGUUAGUACUUGCAUUGAUAAAUUGUUUCAAAGAUUAAUCUUUAAAGCAUAUAAAUGUUAAUAAUAUUAAAAAAUAUUUAUUGGAGCUUUUAGUUAAAUCGCUUGUUAUUUUAGUUUGAUUUAAAUGGUGCAUAAUCUUGAUUAAAAUUUUGAUAUAUUUAAUUUAUAUGUUUUAUUAAAGUGAAGCAAUCACGGAAUUCUGUGUUUUGUUGUUAUGCAUAAUUAAUAAUGUUCGAAAAUCUUUCAAUUAAGUACCUAUCAAAUGUUGAAUUUCUUUUACUGGAAUACUUAUUUUUAUGUUUUUUUUUUUUUACAUUAGCCGUCUAGUAAUUUAAGGAAAAAAUGAUCGGUUUGAUUGAUUAAAAGAUUAGGCACUAGCACUUAUUAUUUAAAUCAGUUCCCAUCACCAGACUUUUAGUUCAAAUCUUAAUAGAACAGGUGGUGUACAUCAGUUUUCUUCUCCUUCACCUUCAUCCCAACUAUUGAAGUAUGGUCGCCCUUUAUCCUAAACUUCCACUUGACACUUGCUAUCCUCAUAUCAUUCUCAAUUGCAUCCAACCACCUUUCUUAUGGUCUUCCUCUCCUCUUUUCUCUGACGUCUAUUUUCAUUACAAUUAUUACUGCUUCUGAUUCAACUCUCUUUAUAACAUGCAUGCUCUAACCAUCUCGGUUUAUUUCCUUUCUUAUUCUCCAUUAUUGAAGCCAUACCUAAGUUACUUCUUAGGUACUCAUUCCUUAUCAUAUCUUCUUUUGUCUCUCCAUUCAUCUUCCUAAGUAUUCUCAUUUUUGCUACACUCAUUCUCUGUUCUAUUUUUCUGAUUACUGCCCAACACUCCGACCCAUACAUAAUAACUUUUAGUCUCUUUAAGGGAUUAGACACUUUUCUCCACUUAAUUAAUCUUAUGUUUUACAUCCUUUAAAGCCACCGUUCUUUUGAACAAAAAAUUCUAGGUACUUAAAUCCCUCAACUUCACCGUUUAUUGUUAUUAGGUUUCUGGUCCUAUAAAUCUCUUGUCCUGUUUCUCCAAACUCAUAUUCUCUAUAUUCUGUUUUACUUCUACUUAUUCUUAAUUCUUUUCUUUUAAGUGCUGUCUUCCAUUUCUCAAGUUUAUUGUUCAACUUCUUCCUGGUUUUCAAAACUUUAUCAUCUGCAAACCUCACGUAUCUCACCUUGUAUUUUCUUUGUAACUUCAUCCAUUACAACAAAAAACAGGUAAGGGUUUAAAGCUGAACCUUAUGCACAUAUAUUGCAUAUGCAUACAGUUUCACUUUAUACACUUAUCUUUGAACCUUUAUACAACUAUAUUUAUCCUCUAUCAAGCUAAUAUACUAUUUGGGAAUUCCUUUUUUUCAUUAACAUCAGAACCACCUCUCAAAAACUUUGUCAUAAGCUUUCUCUAAAUCUAUAAGUCAUAUAUAUAUAUAUACAUUUUUUACCAUCUCUUUGUACUUUUUUACAAACUAUCCAGCAUAAAACACCAAUUCCAUCAUCAAUUUUCCUGACAUUAAAGUCAUUAAACCAAACGGGUUCUUAGAUUUUGCUGUCUUACUUCUAAUUCUCUUAUCUAUAAUAUUUUCCCAAAUCUUCAGAUAUAACCAUUCAUAUAUGACUCAUAAAUUUUAUUCCUCUAUAAUUUCCGCACUCUUAAAUAUCUCCUUUCACUUAAAAUAUAGGUAUUACAAAACUAUUUCUCCACUCAUCUGGCAUUUUCCCAUACACUCUUCUUCUUCUCAUUCCUCUUCAUCCUAACUAUUUGGGAUACACCACUCUCGUCCUAAACUUCUACAUUACCCGAUAUCCCAUCUCGAAUAUAAUAUUCUUAUAUCAUUCUAAAUCGCACACAAUCUCUUCUUUUUCAGUCUUCUACUUUUUCUCUUAAAUAUUAAUAAUUAAUGAUUCUUUAUUAUCUAUAUUGAAGAGAAAACAUUUUGAUGAUAGUUUGGUGACAUUUUAACAUUAUUUUCAUUAUAAUUCCUACUGAUUAUGAUUCUUUUCUUCUCAUGGCAUGCCCCCCAAACCAAAUCGGUCUAUUUUCCCAACACUCCAAAUUAUACAAUAUAGUUGGUCUUGCCACACUCUUAUAGAACUUACCUUUAAGUCUCAUUGGAAUCCUCUUGUAACAUUAAACACCUGACACUUCCUUCCACUUUAUCCAAAUACAUUUAAUUCUAUGUUUCACAUCCUCGUCAAAGCCACUGUUCUUUUAUACAGAAGUCCUAGGUACUUAAAACUUUUAACCUUCCCUAAUACGUCACCAUUUCUAUUAACACUUUAUUAAAAAAAAUAUUUUAAAUAGUCUAUGCUUAACUUCCUUAACAUUUUCCAUACUUUCUCUGAACAUACCAUUUUUCCCUUUUUAUUGCUUUCACAGCUCGCUAUGCUUCCUUAUCUUUAAUUAAACCUACCAGACCAUUGUUCCAUAAAACCCUCCAACAUCUCCUUUGUGAUACUUUUAACAUUAACAUUAAUUCCUCAUCUCAUUUAUAUUUCACUCAACAUUCCACACGACUCUUUCUUUUCUAUUAAUUUUUAUCAUCAGAUUUCUUCUAUUAUUUUGUGCACUAGCUGUCCACUACACUAAAACCUUAUGGCCAUUACCUUCUGCUCUGUAGUUACACUUUUACCAGAGAUAACUUUACAAUAAUUUACUUAUUGAAUAUUUUCUCUCUUCCAAAAAAAAUAAUACAUUUUUGAUAUAUGUUCUCCACUCUUUAAAAGGAUAGAUAAUAUUCUUUAAAAUGUUAUAUAAAUAGAAUUUAUUUUAUAAGAUUAAAAAAAAAAAUUGGAAAAGAAAAUGCACAUUAAAAUUUGAAUUUUUUUCUGUAUAAAUUACUUAGAUAAUGUAGGUAGGGUUACAAUUUGUAUUAUCUUUCUAUUCUAUAGGUAAUAAUAAAAACUGUAGUAUGAUAACUAUUAGGACUGAUAGGAAUAAUCAUACUAGUAUACUAAUGUAGGUAUUCUAUUGAAGAAUUUUCAGAAGAUUUUUUUGGAAGUCUUUUUUAUAAAUAAAAAUACUCGCUAUUAUAACAUUCAGCAUAUGUAUAUUUAAUAUAAACUACAAAUGGUACGCUUAGAAUGUUUUAGCUGAGAUGGUUUAAUGGUGUCCAAAAGUCUUACUGAAUUCUCUUCUCUAUUGUUAAUGAUGCUAAUUAUAGUUAAAUUACAGUCUACUGAACACAUUGAAAUAGUUGAUGUUGUUUUAAGAAUAGAAAAUCCUGUGUUUUAUAUUAAGUUUCUUAUCCGUGCAACAAUUGUAAUAGCCUUUAGGUUUAGAUACAUUUGAAAUAAAUAGACAGUAAUACGAAACAAUUGUAUAGGUAAUUAAGUUAUUUUUAUAAUCUAUCUAGUUGUAAUAUUAAAACUAGCCUAUUUAUGUAAUUGAAUAUGUGGUGUACUAAAAUCACUUAUUGUUAACAUAAAUUUAACAUUUUUAAUUCAAAUAAAUUAAAUGUAAACACAAUUUGAUAUUAAAAUUCUAUGUUAAACUCAAUUUUAUUUUUGACUACAAAGUACUAUUCAUAAUGAACUUCCUGUUAAAUUUUCAAGCUUUUCUGUUUGGUCAAAUAGUUUAAUCUAUAGAGUACCUAUCGAAUACAAAUUUCGUAAAAAACUUGCAAAAUUUAAGUGUCUAUAAAUAGUUUUAAAAAUUUUACCAUGUCUAAAAAAUCCAAGUAAAAGUUUUCUGUUCAAAAUUCAAGACUACAAAUAUUGUUAACUGAAUCAACAAAAAACGAAAUUGGGAAUACUAUAUUUUGUCCACUUUCCGGAUUUUCAUACGUUUUUUUCUCGAUUAUUAUGGAAACCGUUUCGGAAAAUCAAUAAAUGCUAUUUUAUUGAACCAACGACCUAAUAUUUCCAUUCAGAAAAAUUGCUACACUUAAAAAUUGGAACAAGAUUUCUGGUAGAAAAAUUGUUCACUGAUAAAAAAAAAAAAUAAUAACUAACAUCAUUGUAAAACCAUUAUAUUCCUUGCUUCACUCAGGAUCUAAUAUUAAAUAUUUGUGUUCUUAUUUUAAAAAUAUCUCCGUUAUAUCUCAUACUAUACAAAAACAAAUUGUUUAAUCAAAAUACAAUUUACAUUAAAUUAUUGAAUAAAAUUAGAUACCUACAUAUCAUUUAUGUUUUUUUAAUUAAUAUUCAUUUUUGUGAUAAUUUAAAUGGCUUUAUUGAAUAAGUUUAUAAUUUUUAAUUUAAUUUUUUUUUUCUUAGGAGUGGAUGUUACAGCUAACCAAGAUGAAAUAUCUGACCAUGAGACUUUUCAAUUGGAAUUUGAUCCUUCUACUAAAAGAUGGUACAUACGAACAAUGCAAGACAGAUAUUGGACUCUUGAAACUGGAGGUGGAAUACAAGCUGUGGCCGAUAAAAAGUAUAUUAAUUAGUAUUGGUUCAUAUUUUUCUUUAGUUAUCAAUCUAUACAUUAGUUUUCAGCCGUCUUCCAUUUUUCUUUAUAAUCAAAUUUUCUUAAAAUUUGUACAUAUAAGACGCAUCCUCAGUACAUCUUUAUUAAUUGAAUGUACUCAAGGUGUAGUUUUCACUUAAGGUUCUUUUCUUAUACACUCCAGAAUCAAUUUUAACAAUCUCUUAUCCUGUAGUAUAUGACCAUUAAUUUUGUCCUUAACAUCAUUUUCCCAUAAUUAUGGGAAUAAAUCUAUUACUAUAUAUUAAUAUAUAUAUAGUUUAUUUAUUUUUCAAAUUAUUUUCAGUACUUUGUUAUUACUUACUCUAUCUGUCUAACGUAGCGUUUUACAACAGGGAAAAAAUUUCUCUCUAGGGAGGAAUUUAGGUACUGUGUGGUUAAUAUAGCAAUGGUGAAAUUGUUAGAAUAAAAUAUAAAAUAUGCAAAUUGACUAUAUGUAAAACCAUAUCUCAUAUUUUUAAUUAAUAUAGGGGCAGACAUAUUUUUUAAAAUCUACAAAGAUGUAAAAUAAAAAAAGUUGAUAAACACUAGUCACUCUAACUUACCUUUUGUACCUAUCCUUGUAUAGCGGCACAUUUUAAAUGUUCCGAUCUUUUAUACUCUUGUUGUUAUUAUUAUUCUGGUUUAAUCUAAAAGUCCAAACAUGUAUCUUCAGUAAAUUUUUCUUAGUUUUGAGAAAAUUUUUAUAAUUGAUUGUUAAAACACUUAUCUGCAAUACAAUUUUUUUUUAAAUAGAUCAUCAAACGCACUAUUUGAGUUGGCAUGGCAAGGGGAUGGGUCAGUUUGUUUCCGGGCAAACAAUGGUAAAUAUAUUUCUACUAAAAGGUCUGGUCAUCUUUAUGCAAAUGUUGAUACCAUUGAUGAUGCUUGCAAAUAUUUCUUUUAUCUUAUUAACAGGUACCUAUAUAUUUAUUUAUUAUUAUUAAUUCUUACAUUUUAGUUAUUAUUAUAGGCAUUAAACAUUAUUUUGAUUUAUAAUUUUUAGACCCAUACUGGUAUUAAAAAGUGACCAAGGCUUUGUUGGUUACAAAUCAUCAUCAAGCUUGCGCCUUGAAUGUAAUAAGGCAUCUUAUGAGACGAUUCAAGUUGAACGGUCAGAUCAAGGAAUAGUAUUUUUCAAAGGUACCUAUUAUCAUAGCUAAACUUUAUCAAAAAAAUGUAUUAUUUAUAAUUAUAUUAUUCAGGUCAAACUAACAAAUAUUGGCAUGCUAACGAUGAAGGUGUUUCUGUUGAAUCUGACGUGCCUGAAGGAUUCUUUAUCGAGUUAAGAGAACCAACAAGAAUAUGUAUUAAAAGUGUUACAGGUUACUAUCUUACGGCUGGUAAAAAUGGAAUGUUUAGACUUGGUGAUGGAGAUUAUAACAAUGCUACAAAAUGGGAAUAUUAAUAUGAUUUACUAUAUUAUAUAAUUCCUUUGUAUACUUGUGCACUUCAAAUUGGGAAAAACGAACUAAAAUAAUAAUAGUAAGGUGAUUAAACACUAUGGGAUUUAUUUUAAAUAAAUAUGUUUAUAAUAAAUGGUACUUAAAAAUAUAAUUUGAGGCUUUUUAAAAAAUCAAUGUCAAUAAAUUAAAUAUUAUUUAUUAUAUUAUGAACAAGUUAUAACUUACUAAACUGAUUAAGUCUAUAAUAAAAUGUGUGACUAGUGAGUUUAAUAUAAAAAUAGUUACAGUUCAUGAUGAUUAACUUGAUUUAUAAUCUUUAAAUACAUAUUUAUUUUAAAUUAUUAAAAUUAUCAACAAAAUAUUUUUGAAAUGGUUUAAAAUUUAAAAAAUAUUUAAUUUAAUGAAUCCAUCAUAUAAUAUAUAUAAUAUAUAUAUAUAUUGCUAUUUUUUUUAUAAACAAGGUAUACAACAUGUAUACAAAUCAAAUUGAAUUUUGUUAAACAAAUUAACAUUGCUCAAUAUUUGUAAAAUUAUGUUAAAAAAAAAAUUGUAUACAAAAUAAUACAAAAAUAUUUAUAAACCUACACUUUUUUGUAUAAUUUUUUAUAUACAAGAUAUAUUAUUCAUUAGUCAUAAUAAUUAGUCAUAAUAUGACUGACUUAAUAAUUUAAAAUUUUAAAAAAAAUAUACUUAUUUUGCUAUUUUUUCUAUCUAUUGGAUUCAGCUUAAUAUUAUUUUAUAAAAACAAUAUUUCUCUUUAAUAAUGAACAUAUUUUAAGUACAAUAAUGAAAAUAUAUAAUUUUGACUCCACUCCCUCUACUGGAAACAAUUUGUAUAACAAUUUUGCUUUAAAUAUACCUACACUAAAUAUAAUAGUGCAAACAAAAACAUCAUUAUUCAUACUAUGCUGGAAACAAUUUUUAUUUAUUACAACACUAUCAUAAAAUAUGAGUAAACAUUUUAAAUGUGCAUUGAUAAAAAAAAAAAAACUAAAAGAAUCUUAGAUAUCCUUUAAACAUAUAAAAAAUAUUAUACAAAGUUAUUUAUGUAUAAUUUUUGCUUCCAAAAUAUGUAUUAAAUUGUAUGCAGAUUGCCUUAAAGAUCAAAAAAUAGGUAGUUUAUUUUAUCAUUUACUAGUCUUCCAAAGAAAUAGAAUAUUCAUUUAAUAUAAUAUUUAUUUACUUUUAAACAUUUGUAUGCAUUUAUGGAGACUGUUCGGUAUUUAUUGUAAUAAUAUUAUAAUAUUUUAUAAAACUAUUUUUGUGUUAAAAUUAAAUUAACAAUUUUAUACUUAUAAUUUAUUUAUUUUAUGUUUAUUUAUAUUUAUUUAUACUUUCUUUUUGUUAAAAAUAUAUUUUGUAAAAUUUAUACUUAGUAAUAUAAUUUGAAUACAAUAUCCCCCAAAAUAAUUUAUUUAAUAUUGAAUAUCUAUACUUAAUAUUUAAAACUUGAAACGCUCGAAGAAUAUUAUUACAUAGAUACACUAUUUAAAUUUAUGAUGAAGAACAUUAAACCAAUGUUUACUUCAUAAGAAAUGAUUUUAGUUUAUGUGAUUCAGAACUUACGGUCUAGUCUAUUUUUUACUCUUUAAAUUAAGCAAUACAAUUUUUUUUUAAUAUUCAUGAGCAAAAUUGAUCAAAAUCAAGAUUGUAUUCUAUCAAUUUACAAAACUUGUAACUUAUGUUGCAUACCUAAUCAAAAUGUUUCACUUCUAUGAUAAAUGGAAAAUAAAUUUAACUUUCAUUUUUAUUAGAAAUGCCUACAAUUAUUAGACUAGACCCAUAAUUCUGAGAUACACAUUAGAUAUAAUUUAUAUUGUAGUUAUUUUGUCUCGAGACCUAAUAAUUUUAUGUCUUAUAAUACAUAAUUUACAAAUCCAAUUACUUUAUAUACCUUUGUGUAUUUUUUUUAGUAGAAUUGUGUGCAAUUUUUUUUUAAAUAUAUAUACCUAUAUAGUUUUAGUCACAUGAAAUAAAAUAUUAAAUUCCAAACAUAAUAAAUGAUACAAUCUUAUCACUAUAUUUUAUAUUCAUUGUGUGAUUGAUAACAAUCAUUAUUAUUCUUUUUAAGUAGAGUCCUUAAAUAAAUUAUCAAUAAAUACUUAAUUCAUAAUAAUUGUUUUUCUUGGAUUUUGUUAUCUAUUUAUAUAUUUUAUUCCUCAAACAUAAUCACAUCACAUCACACACUUUAUAAAUUACAUAGUGUGGUGCUAGAAUCUGACAGUUGUGAC